AUGCCGCCGAAACGAACGGCUAAAGAUUGCGCCCCCCGGGGUCGACAGGCUCUAUCCCGAACACGGUCGCCGUCUACCAUCGAGGAGCACUUGAUGGACCAAAAUGACAAGUCAAAGGAGUUUAUCCAGGGCUUCAAAGAGCAAGUGGCCGGAGUCAGACAGCGAACACACAACGCACUGGCCAAACUCAAGCAGGAUUUCACCCAGCUGGAGACCAUCAGCGCUGCCGCGCAGUCCACAACUCCCUCCACCAAGGACAACCCGCUCUUCGAGCAGACCCAGCACCUCCUGCGCCUCAGCCGCGCGGUGCUCGCGUGCCACCGCACCGCCGACCGCGACUCGCGCACACACCAGGAGUUGCUGGCGUUGCCACGUGAGAUGUGGAAGCAGGACGAGGAGGGCAUGCGGAAACUGCUGAGUUAUGGGAAAACAUUUGGUGAGAAGGCUGUGGAGGGGUGGAUCACGCCACAUUGUACUGUCGGGGUUGGAGACGGAGUGGGGGAGGAGCAGAGCGAUGGGGCUGUUGACGAGAACGGUGAGGAGGGGUUGAGUGAGGCAGAGAAUCUGGCGAGGGGUUUGUUUGAGUGGAGGAGACGGGGACGGGGGUUGUCGAGGGAAGGGGAGGAGAGCUGGGGUGUGGCUGCGCGAAAGCAAAUGGUCGCGCUGGCUGGCGUUGUGAGGACGUUGCCUUCGAGUAAGGGGUGA